AGACAUUAUAAUGCAGCCCAUCCCUUGCUAUCCCUGCCCUCCUCUUCCCUUCCAUUCCUCUUUGUCUUCCAUUCUUCUUCUAUCCGAAUACCAAAAUGUCCCAAACCAGUCUGCCUCGCGAUACCAAGACAGUAGAAACCGUCCACGACGACGUCACCAAACCUGUCAGUGAAGAUGUUGGCGUUGUCCGGGUCAUCGAUCACAAAGCAGAGCGAGCGCUGUGUCGUCGAUUCGACUUUCGCCUGCUUCCUGUGUUGGCUUUUAUGUAUCUCUUCAAUGCGCUUGAUAAAGGAAACUUGGGAAAUGCAGAAACAGAAGGACUCAGCGAUGAUCUCAACUUCAAACCUGGCCAGUACAACCUGCUGCUGUCCAUCUUCUUUAUCCCAUACGUCAUCUUUGCCCCUCCCUUUUCGAUGAUUGGCAAGCACUACAGUCCUGCCCGUGUGAUGCCUAUCCUGAUGUUCUCCUUUGGUUGCUUCACUCUUCUCUCCUCCUCCACCAAGAACUUUGGAGGCAUUUUCGCUCUUCGCUGGUUCCUGGGCAUGUCUGAAGCUGCCUUCUUCCCUCUGGUCAUCUACUAUCUCACCACUUUCUACCGUCGAGGCGAAUUGGCUCGUCGCCUCGCCAUCUUCUACGCAGCAUCCAAUAUCGCCAACGCCUUCUCCGGCCUCAUCGCCUUUGGCGUCUUCCAGAUCAAACACUCCUCCAUCCCCAACUGGCGCUAUCUCUUCAUCAUCGAAGGAGCUGCUACUGUUCUCCUCGCCAUCUUUGCCUUCUGGUAUCUCCCUCGCAGUGCCGCAGAAGCCAAAUUCCUCUCUGAAGAAGAAAAGGAACUUGCCUUCCACCGCAUCCAGGUCGACUCCAGUGCCGUUGUGAAUGAGAAAUUCAGCUUCCGCGAAGCCAUCGCCAUCUUCAAACACCCUACGACCUACGUCUUCCUCGCUAUUGAAAUCUGCAUCGGCGUCCCAAUCCAGAGCGUUGCCCUCUUCCUCCCUCAAAUCGUCGAACGCCUCGGCUAUUCCACUGUCAAGACAAACCUCUACACCGUCGCUCCCAACGUCACCGGCGCGGUCAUGCUGGUCAUCCUCGCCUUCUCCUCUGACGCCGUCCGUCUGCGUUCCCCCUUCAUUGUCCUCGGCUUUCUCCUCACCUUUGCCGGCUUCAUGAUCUACGCCUCCAUCGACGACGUCCAGGCCGAGAUCCAAGUCGCCUACUUUGCCACCUUCAUGAUGACAUGGGGUACAUCCGCCCCAUCCGUACUACUGAGCACCUGGUACAACAACAACAUCGCCCACGAAGGCCGUCGCGUCCUCCUCACCUCCAUCGGCGUCCCCCUCGCCAACCUGAUGGGCCUAGUAAGCAGUAACGUAUUCCGGGCUAAGGAUAAACCAAAAUACAUGCCCGCCUUAAUCACAGUCGCUGUUUUCGGCGCCUGCGGUGCAUCCCUCGCAGCGUUACUGGGCACUUACAUGUGGCUGGAUAAUAAACGUCGCGAUCGUCGCGAUGGAGUCAAAGUCGAGGCACGGGAUAUUCCGACGGAGCGAUUGAGAGAUGGGCCUUCUUCGCCUGAGUUUCGCUGGUUUUUGUAAUUAUUGACCGGUUGGUUAUAGUCUAUGAUGGUAUGAGUUAUGUCAGUUAUGCUAGUUGAAUACGACCCACGAUGCUUAUUUCUCCGCGUUUCCCCGCAAAAUGUAACGUGGGGGUCACUCGAUCAUCAUUGAUGCUGUGACCUCAUUUCGUAGCCGAGGAUGCUACUGUCGCUUAUGAGCUGUGCAUUUCUACGUCAAUACAAAUUUAAAUAUUCUAUGCUGAU